AUGCCUCAGUACCCUCAGUUCACACCUCGCAACUGCAGCUGGACUGCCAUCUUUGAGAUGGUGAAGCAGCCACACUUUCUUUGGGCUUGCUGGCAUCCUGGCAACCUGGGUGAGUAUCGUUCGAUCAAGCAGCUCUGGGCCACUUGGCAUGAGGGCACAAUCAUUGACAGUGUUGGUCAAAUGCCUCCCCUCCUGCUCGUCAAGCAGGAGUGGGGAGGAACAAAGAACCCCUCGACUCGCAAAGGGCGCCAUCAGACUUGGCGACCACAUAAUGAUACCAAUGCAAGUGCUGCUGUCACUCAACUUCAGCCAAAGAAGACUCGGAUGGGACAUACUACAGCAGAAGGCUCAUUGCCGUCCAACUCUGCAAGCCCAACAUGA